UUUCAAGGAUCGGACAAAUUUCCGGAAGUGAGAAUAUUAUUAACUUGGAGUUUUUCGACGUUCAUGUAUCUCUUAAAAAUUAUAAUCUUAGUUUCAUGCAUUAGUUAUAAUAUAUCGUUUAAAGAAUACAGUUAAAAUAAAUGAAUCAGGAAUAGUAGUUACUCCAUUGGAGUGACGUAGUUGUCCGCUCCUCCUUUCUGCUGUUUACGUUGAGAAGUUAGUGAAACUCUGAGUAGCUAACGUCACUUAGCCGCGUGCGGUUUCUAUUGAACUUAUAUUGAGCGAACGGGUUUUCAGCGAUAUUUUGAGCGUGUGGGUAAAAACUUUUGUGCAGCAACGAUGCAGCUGUGUUAGUGUCAGGAUGAGAUGGACGAGGCGAGAAGAAGACCCCCCUCAGAUGGAAGAGCCUGUGGAGACGCAUCAGCCUGUUUCCCCUGUUCUCCUCCACAUGACUCCUCAGCUGAGCUCUGGCACAGCACCCCUGUCAAAAAGAAAAAUGGUGGUGCUCCAUUGGAUGUCAGCCAAAACUCUGUCCUAACCAGCCUCAAGAUGGACGGCACAGCAAAACGCUGGACAGAGAGGACCCCUCCUAUCCCAGCAGACGCCCCAUGUCCCCGCAACUCUCUGGACUCUGAGUCUCCUGUGAACGACCUGAGUGGCUCCACCAUCCAGAGGCAGAGGAGGGAGCUGCAGCUGCUGAUGGCUGAGCUGAGGGACCGGGACCGGGAGCUGAACACGAUGGCUUCCUCCCAUCAUCAGCAACUUCAUGUCUGGGAACAAGACCGCCAGAGGGUGCUCACCUUGGAGCAGAGGUGUUCCCGUACGGAUGAUGAGUUGCAGAAGCGUAAUGAGGUGAUCCGGGUCCUGACUAAGCGAGUGUGGGCGGUGGAAACCAGGGAGAGGGAAGUCCAGAAGGAGCUCAGUGCAGCCCAGCAGCAGCUCCGUGAGGUUGAACAGAAACAGCAGCACUCCAGCCUAAAAUGCCAAGACUUUGAGGAGAAGAACCAAAGUCUCAACUCCACGCUCAUGGCUCUGUCCACUCAAGUCGGCUCUCUGCAGGUCAGGGAGGAAGAACUGAGUUCCAUGCUCAAACUCAAGGAUAAAGAUGUGACUGAGUCCUCGAGUCACAUCCUUGAUCUCACAGGGCGCGUACGAGACCUGGAGACGUCCCUAGCGGAGAGUCGCUCCAGGGAAACCAAGGUCCUGAGAGACUCUGAGGAAAACAAACGGCGGUACAGAGAAGCAAGACAUGAGGUCACACACCUUAAAGAGGAGCUGCAGCAGCAGAUAUCACAGAGCAGCACUCAGAGGGAGGAGAUCAUUCGUCUAAAACAGGAGCUCCAGCUGCUCCACAGAGAUCUGGCUUUGUCAGGAGAGGGCGACAGCUGGAAAGACGAGCUGCUGGAGCUGUCUCGCUCCAAACAGGAACGCUCCAUGUCGGAGGUCCGCUGCCUACGACAGGUGUGUGAGAAUCAGAGGAAUGACAUGCAGCUGCUGCAGUUAAACUUGGAAAGUGCCCGUGAAACGCUGCGGGAGAAAACCAGUCAGCGGUUACUGGGCAGCCAGGAGGAGUUGACGUGCAACUGCCUGCUGAGCCAAUCACCUUCAUCGAUCAGAGUGAAGAACUCAGGAUACGUACACGAUACGUCCACUUUACCAGGAGCCUGUGUUACAGCGAGCAACGAGCUGGGAGUCCUCUCAGCACACGGGACAGAUGCUGGUGAUCCUCUCUCCAGCUGUUAUCUGCAGCAGCUGGUCGACGAAGCCACGCACAGCAGCUUUAGAACCCACAGCUCGGCACACAACUCUGGCCCUGCCUUGAGCUGCAGGACCACUGAACCCUCUCACACCCAGAGCUGCCAGUCACCCCAACAUCACCACCACCACCACCACCACCCUACAACCUCGCUACACAAGGCCAGUGAAACUCCACCCAAAGCCUGCCCUCGACACAGAACCAGCCAGCCGUGUGGAUGGCUCGACACCGACUGAAGAACAGAUUCUUUUGAGUGGAAACCUCAUUAUUUACUGAAGUGACACCAUUGACUGAACUGUAAAGCACUGGAGUCAGAUUCAAAAAAUCAGUAUUACUACAUUAAAAAGACUCAAUCUGAAACAGUGUGUACACAGCCAAGGGUUGAGCUGUUCUGCCUCUCAGGAAAAUGAUGAAGUGAUAAAAAAUAGUUUGUCAUGACUUUGCAAAACAUUUUUUAAAUAUCCUCAUUUUUAUUGUAUUAUUUGGUGUUUGUGUAUCACAGUGUAUAUUUUCUACAAAUGCGUUGUUUCUUACAUACAGGUAUUGUGUAUUUUUUAAAUCCAGUUUAAGGUUUUUAACGGCUGCAAGGUGUGAAGUAGGUGAGAUGUGAAACCAGUCCUACAGGGCUGUUGAGUGGUGUGUCCUUGUAUUGUCUUUCCAGUUUCACUGCCUACAGAUUUGUCGGGUGACUCAGUGGAGAGGUCUGUAGCUGUUCAUUGUAACUCAGCCAUCGUGUCACUACUUUUUGAUAAAAUAUUUGAACGCAAA